AUGGCUUCUGCAGUUGGAGACUAUCUUUUUUCGAAACUAGCCGAAGCAGGAGUUAAGAGGGUUCUUGGAUAUAGUCGAGGGUCUAUCUUCAUUGGAUCGGUACAACGCAAUGGACUGGACUACGAGGACCUCAACCAUAUGCAUUCCAAUCCUGGGCCAAGCGAAAUUGGGGCUUUCGUUGUAUCUGCGGAGGAAGGCGAGCUCACUGCUUGUUGUAACCAAGGCACCAAUUACUUUUCCUAUAGACCAGUUGUAUAUGUCGUAGAACAUGCAUCCGCCCAAUUUUGCGAUCUCUCACAGCUAACAUCUCGUUACGGAUUCGCAACAUCCACAAUCUUAAGUAGCCCAAUCACAGUGGUAUCGCAGAUCAGUCGAAUCUUAGACACCAUGUUGUAUGAGAGCAAGCCGGUCUACAUUGGACUAUCGCUCGCGGUUGCUGGCCAACCAAUGCCAGCACCAUCUCCUUCUGCUUCUCAUCCGCCCUCUCUUGAUUACCCAACUGGGUCAGCUCCGACGUCUAUGAGCACUCCUUCAAGUCUUGUACCACCCCUCGGGGGGACUCCAGGUCUCGCCUCCCACACGGCGAGUCGAGCACACUCUAGUGAGCCUCCUCCGUCGGCCGACGAGGAGGAGGCUGCUAAAGCUGCGAUCGCUAUGUCAUUUAUCUAA